ACCGGAGUUUUCAGGAAAACCAACCAACACGUCAUUCACUAGAGGUUGUCUGACUAACUUGUCACAAGACUAGUCUCCUCUAUAAGGGCUAUGCGAGGCAGAUUUGUGUACAUUCAACACUGAUAAUCAUUAGAAUACUGGGUACUUCGUCAAACAACUAGAUUACAAUUCUCUUUAAAUCAUGGCAACGGAUACCAAAAUGGGUUAUACUUUCGUGAUCAUAGGCAAAGCAGGAAACGGCAAAAGUUCUACUGCUAACAGUAUUGUGGGUAAACGUGUGUUUGAUGCGAACGUUAACAAUACGCCCACAGCUAGCGUGCCUAGACUUGAAAGUUCUGAGUUCCAAGGGAAACAGUUGCAGGUCAUCGAUGGUCUGGACAUUGUCAACUGUUUUAAAACAAGCGACUGCAGGCCUGUAGAGCAGUGUUUUACAUUCACACAAAGUUUCUCAGCCUUUCUGAUAGUGAUCAAGUUCGGUCAGCGGUUUACUGAGGAGGAACGUGUAGUCUUAGAGGCUGCCAGAACAAUAUUUGGACAAGAUGUCUUCAAGAAGUUUGGCGUCUGUGUAUUCACACACGGAGAUGACUUUGAGCAUCAGAUGGAAGACUCAGACGAUGAGAAGUACUCAGCCAUUGAGGACUGGGUGGCCGCCCAACACCAGGGGAUAAAAGAUUUGUAUGAGGAGUGUGGACACAGGGUCGUGUUGUUCAACAACAGAACAAAGGUAGAAAAACAAAAGGUGGACCAGGUGGAAAGACUUCUCCAGCAAGUCAAAAAGUUAAAGUUUAACUACACUCACAAAGAUUACAUAGAAGCCAGUGAAGGUCGUUCUGUUCUUACAGCUAUGAAAAAUCAACCGGAAGUGGAACAGAAAACGCGUCAACGUUUGGAAGAAAUUAGACAAAAACUUAAAGUAGUUAAACCUGACGACGUUUCAACGUUACAAAAAUUCGCCAAAAGUCUAGAGGAACUUAAGAAAUACAUCACUGGAAAUCUCGGUGACAAAUUCCAAGCUGGUGUUAAUCUCAACACGGAGGUUGAUACUUUAGGGAUGGAAAUAAAAUCCAAGAUAAAUCUUGCGGUCAAAUCCAGAGACAAACAAGAACCUCUCCUUGGGGACUGGGAAAUGCUGGAGACUGAAAAGGAGUUUUCAACACCAAAAGGCAGCAACAAAGAUGUUCGGUCCUCAGAACUGGAGUCAAAAAUAAAAACUGUGAUCUCUGAGUAUUGUAAUGGAAUCAUUUCACUCACUGAGACAACACUUUCUUCACUAAAUGCGCUUCUGUCUCAAAUCAAAAGACAGGGGGUAGAUGAACAAAUAAUUGAGGAUUUGAAAAAUAAAAUUAAAGAAAUAGCUGAGCAGGCAGCCCCUGGCCGUUUACUAGGUAAAACUGUUGAGGUAAAAUCUUCUGGCCAAAGUAGAGUGGGCAGUGGGCAGGCAAGGUUUGAAAGUUCUAAUCAAAUUUCUGCAAGACACGAAAAUGUUAAAGAACUAGAAUCAAGCAACAAAAAGAUAAGAACAGCUGAGGAGGCUGGGAAAUUAUCAGCCUCGGAAGUAAAGUCCACACCAGCUGUGGACGAUGAGAAAACCAUCGACUUGCUACUGAUCGGCAAAACUGGCAACGGCAAAAGUGCCACAGGUAACUCUAUACUGGGACGUCAGGCCUUCAAGUCUACACCAAGCAUGUCUUCAGUGACCACGGCCAUUGAGAAACAGACGACAACAAUCAACGGACUGACGGUCAAUGUCGUGGACGGGCCAGGCGUCAACGACACGGAGAAGAGCAAACGUGAGAACCUCGAGAUGGUCAUUGACACAGUGGAGCAGGCGCUAGAGCUGACCAGCUACAGCUUCACGGCUCUCCUCAUCGUGCUCAAGUUCGGCUGCCGAUUCACGCAACAGGAGAGCGAUGCCAUCAAAGUGAUCAAGGCCAUCUUUGGCAGGGAGGUCUUCAAGAACUACGGGAUUUGUGUCCUCACUCACGGCGAUGAUUUUGAAAACGAGAUGAUGGAUGCUGAAGACGAUGAGAAAAUGACUUUUGACAGUUGGUGCAGAAAGCAGGGUGGGGAUCUGGCAGAAGUCUUUAAAGAAUGCGACUACGGGUGUGUGUUGUUUAAUAACAGAACAAAGGAUCAAGAUGUCAGAAACACGCAAGUUAACAAACUCAUGUCCCUGGUUAGGCCUGGAAAAAGAUACUCUUUGGAAGAAUUCACGAAUGCUGAAGCAGAAAGACAGAGCAUGCUACUGGAGACUACACUACCAGAACUACAAGAUAAAACGUCCAAGUUUCUCAGUGGCAUUAGAGAGCAAAUGACACAGGCAGAAGGCAGACAAAAGUCUGACCCAGACGUAUACGUAGCAAGUCUUCAGUCGUUGUUGGAUCAACUGGUCAAAUACAACGAGGCACUGAUCGAUGCAUGUGGGCAAUCACCGACCACUGAGUCUCUGACCGGUCAAGUGAAAGUCUUGGAGAUUCAGAUCAGCACCAAAUUAAGACUGCACCAACAGACGAUCGAAUUAAAUAAGCCGAGAUCAGCACCCAAUCAAGAGACAUUGGCUAGGACCCCAAUAAAUCACAACAUCCGGAUUUCAGGAUCAUUUACUGACCCGCUGAAUGCUACCUCGCCUCUAGUUUAUCCAAAGGUGGCUCACGAUGGUAAUAACAGCUACGGUGCUUACAGCCCAGGAUAUCAAGGGGCCCCCAGCCAAGUACAGUAUGUGGCCCAAAGCCAAAGACAGUAUGGAGCCCCCAGCCAUGGACAGUAUUGGGCCCCCAGCCAAGGACAGCAUGGAGCCCCCAGCCAAGUACAGUAUGUGGUCCAUAGCCAAGGACAGUAUGUGGCCCCCAGCCAAGGACAGUAUGUGGCCCCCAGCCAAGUACAGUAUGUGGCCCAUAGCCAAGGACACUAUGGGGCCCCCAGCCAUGGACAGCUUGGGGCGCAUACAUCGAUCCCUGCACAUUGUAACCAGCUGUUUGACAACCAGUGGGAGUUUGUUAAUCCAGACGUCACCUACGAUUACCACAAUCUAAAUCGAGCUGGAGGCAGCCAUGGCAAAGGGGUAUUGAAAAAAACAUUUAGCACUGCCUGCAAAAAUUUCCGAAAAUUCUUUAAGUUCGUCUUUGACACGAAAAGCUAAUUAUUUUUUAAAACGUUUUUCUUAACUCAGCUUCGCGUUUGUUUGUUUGGAUGUUUGUUGUUAAAAUUGACAUCGAAAAUUAGCCCACUUCUGAUUGCUCUAGAGACCUGAAAUUUGGCAUGCAUGCUACUUUCGCCUAACAAUUUCAGAUGCAAUCAUAAAAACUAGCAAUUAGUGACCGUAAUUAGCUUAAUUUAAUUACGCCCCAAGGACCAUAAAAUUGAGGACAUGAUUUCUAAAGAUACCGACAAGACUGGAGUCCUAAUGACACAGUUACUUCGGCCCCAAACGAUGUGAGCGCGCUGGCCGUGAUCGUAUAGUUGUUAGUACUUCGCGUUGUGGCCGCGACAACCCAGGUUCGAAUCCUGGUCGCUCAAGAUUUUUAGUCCGUGUAUUUAUAAACACUUUUUUAAAAACCACGUUUUUCAUGUGUAGCAACGGACUAAAAAGGAG